AUGCUCAGAGCAGCAUCGCGGCGCGCCUGCGCCUCAGCACAAAAAACCGCACAGCACACCCCUCAACCAUUGCCACGAUCAAUAUCAAGUAACACCAACCGUCCUACGCCCCUCCACACGAAUUACAGACUCCUGAACCCCCUCGUCUCUCGAAAUGCCUUCCUCCAAAUCCGCUACCUCAGCUUUGCGCAACGAAUGAGAUAUGGCUUCCGUGAAGCUUCCAAGGGAAUCUGGCGCAAAAACCCCAUCCUCCUCCCAAUCGCCCUUAUAUCCACCAUCGGAGCCGGUCUACUAUUUGCAUACAUCGCCUAUAUUGAGAUUACUCGCGUGGGACCUCAGUACCACAAGUUCCCGCCGCCUGUGGCCGAGACGCUCCGGACGGCCGUGUACUACACCGAAGUGGACCUUAACCCGCCUAAGGCAUUAAAGGCAUAUAAGGAGGCGUUGCAUAUUGCUGUUGAGAUGGGGUUGCAUCCAUUCUCGGACGAGGUCAUUGGGAUCAAGUUGCAGGUGGCGAUGAUGUUGGAGAAGGCGGGGUUAGUUAAGCCGGCGAUUGAUGUGUUGGAGCGGACGAAGGUCGAGGCGCUGAACUGGGUAGAUGAUAUGCGGAAGAAGAAGACUCUCCAGAGCAAGGAGGCGGCUCUUGUGUCUGAUAGGAAGAAGACAGAGGAGGAUAAGGUUGUGGUUGACGACCCGGAAAUUCUCGAGGAGCAGAAGAGAAUAAGGGAACUAGAGGAGUUCGAAGAUCUCCAGCAGGACAAAACGCUCAAGAAGACCGUGGGGAUACAAAUGAAACUUGCGGAACUCUACUCAAGCGACUACAUUCAGGAUGAGAAGAAGGCUGAGCAGGCGCAGGUCGCUGCUGUUGAAUUAUCAUUGAAAGAAAUGUACCGUCGCCAAGCUCUCGGCCUCCCUGUUGGUGGUGGAUCGCAGAAUGAGAACAGUGACUCCUGGUUGAACCUUACGGAGAUGGCCACCGCCCUUACUGAUCUGGCAACCACCUACGUCACCCAAGAGAAGUACGAGCUCGCCAUGCCACUUUACCUACGCGCACUGGACCUGCUUCGCGUGGAUGAGGGUAAGUCCCCGACUUGCAAACAGGUCACACUUCUCAAUGGUGUCGCUACAGCGAUGGCCGGACAGGUUCAGAGAGGGAUCCGCCAACAACAGCAACCUGUUCCCCGCGAACAAACCAUAGAUGCCGCCAAAAAAUGGGCGCAAAAGGCGAUUGAUGUCGCAGCCCGCAUACAACCUCCCGUUCGUGACGAAGAUUGUGAUCUUAGCUGCGUGGCGGCAACGUAUAACCUUGGCGAACUGGCGGAGAUGCAGGGAAAGCGUGAAGAAGCUGUUAAACGUUAUCGGGAAAGUAAAUCACUGGCUGUGGGGCUCGGGUUUGAAGACGCGGUUGCCGUGGCCGAUGGUGCUUUGAAGCGAUUGUCAAAGAAAUGA